CAUUCCCGUCGCGCUCAUACUCUAUAAAUGAAGAGAGAUUGUUUUCCCUUCCUUACGACGUGUAUCCUUCCGGACAGCUAAAAACAAUAACAGAGGACCCAAAUAGCAAAAAAGUAAAUUAACAAGAUGGAUUUCUCCCAACUGCCCAAAAUUCGUGAUGAAGAGCAAGAAAGUGUGCUUGGUUAUGUGUAUGGUGUCUCCGGACCUGUGGUCACUGCCUGUAACAUGGCCGGUGCAGCUAUGUAUGAACUGGUAAGAGUGGGCCAUAGCGAACUGGUUGGAGAAAUUAUUCGAUUGGAAGGUGAGAUGGCCACUCUCCAGGUGUAUGAAGAAACCUCUGGUGUAGCUGUUGGUGAUCCAGUACUCCGGACUGGCAAACCCCUCUCUGUGGAGCUAGGUCCUGGCAUAAUGGGAGCCAUUUUUGAUGGCAUUCAGAGGCCUUUGUCAGACAUCAGCCAUCAAACUCAAAGCAUUUACAUUCCCAGAGGUGUAAAUGUAUCUGCUCUUAGCAGAGAUAUCAAAUGGGAUUUUGCACCUUCUAAAAACCUUCGGGUUGGCAGUCAUAUCACUGGUGGCGAUAUUUAUGGAUUAGUAAACGAGAACUCCCUCAUCAAACAUAAAAUUAUGCUGCCACCCCGAAACCGAGGUACGGUGACAUACAUUGCUCCACCUGGCAACUAUGAUGCCUCGGAUGUUGUCUUAGAGCUUGAAUUUGAGGGAAUAAAAGAGAAGUUCACCAUGGUCCAAGUGUGGCCUGUCCGUCAAGUCCGUCCUGUCACUGAGAAGUUGCCCGCCAAUCACCCUUUGUUAACUGGCCAGCGAGUCCUGGAUGCCCUUUUCCCAUGUGUACAAGGAGGAACUACUGCUAUCCCUGGUGCUUUUGGCUGUGGAAAAACUGUGAUAUCACAGUCUUUAUCAAAGUAUUCCAACAGUGAUGUGAUCAUCUAUGUGGGUUGUGGAGAAAGAGGAAAUGAAAUGUCUGAAGUACUCAGAGACUUCCCAGAGCUAACGAUGGAAGUUGAUGGGAAGGUGGAGUCUAUCAUGAAGAGAACAGCUUUGGUGGCUAACACCUCCAACAUGCCUGUGGCUGCUAGAGAAGCUUCUAUUUACACUGGAAUUACUCUGUCUGAAUAUUUCCGUGACAUGGGCUAUAAUGUCAGUAUGAUGGCUGACUCUACAUCUCGAUGGGCUGAAGCCCUUAGAGAAAUCUCAGGUCGAUUAGCUGAAAUGCCUGCUGACAGUGGUUAUCCUGCAUAUCUUGGUGCCCGGUUAGCCUCUUUUUAUGAGCGAGCUGGCCGAGUAAAAUGUCUUGGAAACCCAGAAAGGGAAGGAAGUGUCAGCAUUGUCGGAGCUGUUUCUCCCCCUGGCGGUGACUUCUCCGAUCCUGUCACAUCUGCCACUCUUGGCAUUGUUCAGGUGUUCUGGGGCUUAGAUAAGAAACUGGCUCAGCGUAAGCACUUUCCUUCAGUAAACUGGCUGAUCAGCUACAGCAAGUACAUGCGUGCCUUGGAUGAGUACUAUGACAAGCAUUUUACAGAGUUUGUACCUCUGAGGACCAAGGCUAAGGAGAUCCUUCAGGAAGAAGAGGAUCUGGCAGAGAUUGUACAGCUCGUGGGGAAGGCUUCUUUAGCAGAAACAGAUAAAAUUACCUUGGAGGUAGCAAAACUUAUCAAAGAUGACUUCCUGCAGCAAAAUGGAUAUACUCCUUAUGACAAGUUCUGCCCAUUUUACAAGACUGUAGGCAUGCUCUCCAAUAUGAUUGCUUUUUAUGAUAUGGCACGCAGAGCUGUUGAAACGACUGCCCAGAGUGAUAAUAAAAUCACAUGGGCCAUUAUCCGAGAACAUAUGGGGGAUAUUCUCUAUAAACUUUCCUCUAUGAAAUUCAAGGAUCCAGUAAAAGAUGGUGAAGCUAAGAUCAAGGCUGACUACGCUCAACUUCAUGAAGAUAUGCAGAAUGCAUUCCGAAGCCUGGAAGACUAGAACUGUAUUUCUUCUCUCCUCGUCUCCCUCAACCAGCUCAUGUGUUCUUAUCUCUUUAAAUUCCACAUCUCUUCCCCUUUUCUUCCUGAUUGUGCAUCAUUGAGACCAGUACAUUUGUGUGUGUGUGUGUGUGUGUGUGUAUAUGUGUAAUCAUUUGUUUUCCUGUUCAUAUUUGGUAGGUCUUACAUAAAACAAACAUUCCUUGGUUUCAGUGUUUGAUGGGCCUCCCUGAUUCUUUGUCUGAAGUGUCAAAUAUAAUCACCAGGACUAUAUCUGGUACAAAGUGGGAAUGGCUACACUAACAUUAGCUUGGUUAGAGGAUGAUUUGAUGACUUUCCCCCUUUCUCCUAAUUUUUCCUUUUCCCCAAGUUACAGACAAGAGUAAUACAGGUAUUUUUUUUUUUAAAGCAGAUGUUUUGGCACGAAAGGCCUUGCCCCUGUAUCUUUUGACAGGGAGCCAGUACAUGGAAUGACUCAUUGUUCUCUGUGGUGAGGGUGUUUGCAGCUUAGCAUUUUGCUAGUUGCCUACUAUGCAGAAAAUUAGUGGUUUCCUUUUUUUUUUUUUUUUAGUAAUGAGAUUGAUUAAUAUUGUUCUAAUUAUGGGUUGCUUCUACUAAUAAAAAUCAGGAAUAUUUGUAGAAAAUUGUGGAGAACUACACUGUUUCUCCAAUUGUGCCUAAAGUAUGGUGAGUGUAUUGAAAGUGCAUAUGGGGCUCAACAAAAUAUUUGAAUCAGUACCAAAAAAGGGAGGGGUAGCCAGGUUGCCAGCUUAACAUUAACAUCAUACUUUGAAAGCAUGCUGUGUUUCUAUAGGUAAAUAUAUUGCAUCAAGAACUGUUGUACUGCACUGAUGUUGAAUUUCUUUUAAAAGUGUGCUUCAAAUGAUCAUCAGGGACAUGUGCCACCCUUACUCCCUUUCUUUCCUUGACAACUAUUUUAGAAGCUCUUCCAAGUUUUGUAGAGUAUGUAUGAGAUGCAGGGAGAAUGGUGGCUCGGUGGCUGUUUGGUACUGUUAAGGAAAAGUUUGACUGUAAAAAUGCUACCCUGGCUCCUAGAAUCAUGUUUUUGGAAUAAUUACCUGUCCACCACAUUGUGUGCAUGUUUUAAAAAGAAAAGUAUCUGUUUGCCAGUUUGUGAAAAAUAACCUGUUCACGAGCAUUUUCUUUCUCGUGAUUGGUGAUGCUGGCUCUGGUUUUUCCCAUUACUGGCACAAGAGAUUCCCCAGAUUGUCUGUUUGUAGCCAUAGCAACAUAACUUCAAAGGUUCCCCUCCAUUCUGUAGGGCUGAUGGGAAUAGUAGAUUCUUGUGUUUGUUACUAAUCCCUAAAGGUGUUGGUGACAAUGGCCUUUACAUUCCACUCUACAGAAAUACUAAAAGUCAUCUGGAAAAGGAGGUGGUUUCAUCCUGUCUCUUAAUGCAAAUUUUAAAAUGUGAUCAUUGUGGGGUACAUAAGGAAGGAAAACCACAGUGUGACCCUGAGAGCAACAGUUUCCUGUUAACUAUCACUUGACAAAAGUUCUGGCAUUAUUGCUUCUGAAUUAAUAGAUUUUAGAAGGAAAGGGGGAGAGUUCUUUGAGGGGAGCACUUGUAGCUAUCUCAAAUAGUUGUAAGAGCCUAGAUAACAUAACGUAUUUAUUUUAUGCCGUGAUAGAUUGAUUUUCAGACAGUAUCUUUUUGUUGGCCUAUUAAGGGUGGGUGCAAUCAUUUGAAGUUAUACUUGUAGUUUUGUUUAUCCAUAACAGAUUGCAUAUUCUUGUGAUGGUCUGCUGCUCAAGAAAGGUGUUCUUCCCAUGAAACUUUUUUGAAACCAUUUCAACAUACUGCCAGAUAAGAGAAAUUAUGCAUUGGAUUGUUGUUGACCUGUAGACCUCAUGGUCCUGCUUAAUCAGUUUGCUUCCAAUGUGGCUUCCUACCCAUUGGCACUAAGACCAACAGAAAUUAAAAAAAGAUUUUCCAUACAUCAAAAAUUCUUCCUUAUUCUACCAUAAACCAACAGGCAAACUGAGAUUGUGCCAGUAAUCAGUGAUCUGAUGAAGAAGGAGUGACCAAGAUUUUACUGUUGCCUGAACAUCGUGUAUGCAUCUUUUAAGAAUGUUGAUGUAUGAGUAUGAGAAGAUGUCAUGGAAACCAUGACCCUUCGUCUAUGGUGUUCCUUCACCACUACCAUGUUAUAGAAUUUCAGAUUAGGGGGACUGAUCUUAUUUCUUUAAUAGGGGUGUGGUAAACUUAAAAUAAUCUUUUAAAAAAAGAUGAUGCAGUUCUAUAUUUAUUGUGCUGUACCUGGCCCAGAUGGAGCCAGUUCAACCAGUUUAAUUUGUAUUUUUUUCCAGUGUUAAAUCUCACAUUGUGCCCAUUAAAAAAUUUCUUCCCCACCUCAGGAAUGAGGCAAAAAUAUUGCCCAUUUUCUCCUUGAGAUUUCACUACCUUUAUGUUACAAGUUGUGUAUAAUUGUUCAACUAUGAGAGAAUAAAAAGUGGAUUUAAAGUAA